ACACACAUUCUGGCCUUCUCUCUGUGGACCAACGACAAAACACAAUACUGCUUGGUGUUCACCUACACACUAGUAGUAGUACUCAUGGAGGGGAAGAUGAUGAUGAUAGAGGCUAUGGAAUUCAAAUCCCUAGUGCUGCGAAGGGCUUUAGAAGGAAGCCGUAGCACCAAGAGUAGCAAUUUCCCUCCUGUUAGAGGAGGCAUCAAGCGCAAGAUUUUGGCCCUUCUAUUCAAAAAAUUGAAGCUUGCAAGCCAACAAGUCGUUCACUACCUGCUGAUUACCAAAUGCAGUUACCACAGUGAUCAGAUUCGAAUAAUAAAUAUCGUGUUACCUCAGCAGAUUGAUAAUGGAGGGAAUUCCAGUGUUCCGCUUGAAGAAAGAGAAUAUAUAGGAGAUGCACAAGGGCGUAAAUGAGACUUUACUGUUAUAUAUAUAUAUACGAUGGUAUUCUGGUAAAAAAAAUUUCAAAUUUUUAAGUUGACAAUAAAUGGAUUUAAUUAUUUAGAAUGAUUAAAUUAGAUAUAUUUGGUUCUAAAUAAUAAAAUCCAUAUUUAUCCAACUUAAAAAGUUGAGGAUAUUAUAAGAUUAUUGUCCAUAUAUGUAUUGUAAAAAUUUAUCUGAAAAACAGAUAAAGUAGAUAAAUGUUGAUAUAUUAUUAUUUAAAACAGCUUAAUCAAUCCUGUGUAAUUCUAAAAAUAUAAUAAUAAUUGUGAAGGCAAUUUAAAUAUAUUGCUUUUCAAUCUUUAAAU